AAGGAGAGUUUUGUCAGGAGAGAAAGACGUUACAUGUGCUUGUUGCACAGGACUCCAGCGGUAAGUCCUUUGCUCACUUGUGUGCAGGGGAUUUCAAGGACUUAAGCAGGAGUAACAAGUGCCUACAGUAGAUAUUGUUAGUGUCAUUCGUCUACUUAUGGACUACAGAGACAACAUGUAUGUAGUGUAGCCUGUGGUAGGAAUCUGACAGAAGACAAAGAUGUGAGUUUGUUCCGCUUUUGUGUAAACAAUACGUUCAGCCUCACUGGAGUGAUCCUUGAAGGAUACAGCCCUCACGCUUCACAUAAAUCUCUUCCAUUGCACGUGAAGCAGAACAACAUCUCUGAAGAACUGCUCUGCCUCAUCUGACUUUGUAGCAUUUUGCUUUUUUCCUUCUGACAAAGACAAGAGAAAGUGUCUCAAAAGGCUCGGAUGCAUUUGUCAAUGGAUACCCUGGGAAUAGUGGACGAUAGUUGCUUGGACAACUAUGACAUGGCAAAAGGUGCCGGGUCAAGCGGUGCAGGCAGGGUCCACAGUAUUGAUGUCAUACUGGGAUUCACUAAAGACCAGGACCCUUUACUCCAUUCGGUGGGCGAUGAUGACAGUCAAAAAGCCAAUGGAGAAAACCAACCGCACCCUGAGAAGCAGGUCCCCUCAGACACCUAUGGGCACCUUCCAGAACUGGGUGACAACUCCCAACAUUCUACCUACCAUGAAUCAGACCUUUUCUCCAGUGACAAGUGUGAUGAAGAAAUGAACAACCUGCAGAAGGAAGUGGACGUCGCUGAGGUGUCUCCAGAGGCCAAUACAGAGGAAGAGCACACUAAAAAGAAACACAGAAGAAACCGUACCACGUUCACCACCUAUCAGCUCCAUGAGCUGGAGCGAGCCUUCGAGAAGUCCCACUACCCAGACGUCUAUAGCCGGGAAGAGUUGGCAAUGAAGGUCAACUUGCCUGAGGUUCGAGUUCAGGUGUGGUUCCAGAACCGGAGGGCCAAGUGGAGACGACAAGAAAAGAUGGACACCAGCACCAUGAAGCUUCACGAUUCCCCCAUGCUAUCCUUCAACCGUCCACCGAUGCCUCCUAGCGUGGGGCCGGUGGCCAACCCGAUGCCCCUAGAUCCCUGGCUAACCUCGCCUAUCUCCAGUGCCACGCCCAUGCAUACCAUCCCAGGGUUUAUGGGUUCACCGCAGGGCCUGCAGCCCGCCUACCCAAGCCACAGCUUCCUCAACACCCCACCUGGCAUGGUUCAAGGUAUGCAGCCAAUGGGCCCUCCUCCCUACCAGUGCCCACCCAGCUUCAACGACAAAUACCCGAUGGAGGACGACAGGAGUUCCAGCAUCGCAGCACUCAGGAUGAAGGCCAAAGAGCACAUUCAGUCUAUGGAUAAAACUUGGCAGCACAUGUGACCUAAUGAGGCACUGAGGGAUGAUAUCUGAGCUGCUCCUGUGAAUGUUUACAAACUGCUUUUCCACUGUUUGUUUCAUGUACCCAUGACGAGGACACGUGACACCAAAGGAGUCAGACUUUUUUUCACUGACACGAAUAAGCAACUCUGUAAAUGAACUUCUUGUGAUUUUUUUUUUUUUAAAUUCACUUUAAAAUGUUUUUAGUCCCAAGGACUUGGGGGCAUUAGGUUUAGCUCAAAAGGUUUCUCAAAAGGAGAAAAUCCUUAACGUGAAUGUUUUGUGUCAACAUUCAUUUUGUAUAUUUCUGAGAAAUUUCAGACAGUACUGACAAAUGCAAUAUAGUAUAUGAGAGGCUAAGUAGAGCCUGUGGUCAUUUGUAGUAACGUUUGCGGUCUUAUCUGAGGGAGUGUCCUGUUUUUGUGGAAAUAUAUUUUAUAAAAAAAUAAUAUUGACCCUAACUCUGUCUACGUGUUCCUGCUACCCUGAAGUGAUGAUAUUUUCAUGAGGUUUAAUGAACACUGUGCUGUUCUUUGGACAUUUUGCUAUAGAGCCUCAGAACUAGACAAUUUUAGUAUAAAUUUGCUUUGUUCAAAGAGGUUUUUCUCACUGUCUGUCUGUUUGGUUUUCUCUUUGUAUUUUCUAUGUGAACAGUGUAGAUGCUGUCCAGCAUUUUCUGGUUUGUUUUCAGGUUCUGUAAGUGGGCACAAAUGUUUAUUUUAAAACAACUUUUCCCUCUUAAAUCUCGAUUAGGUUAUAAAGUGAUAUGUGUGUGUUUUAUUUAAACCAUUAAACUGGCCUUUUGGAGGGCACUGAGCCCCGAUGGGGGAGGUUAUCGGAAGUCACAGAGCGUAAUCUAGCUCGGAGGCUAAUUUAAACAGACAAGCAUACCUCUUAACACCUAAUUACUGCUUUUAAAGCGAUUAACCCCGGAUUCUCAGCCAUAGACAGAAUGCCCUCAGUUGCCCCGGAAAAAUCCUUUUCAAGACCUGAUUAUCUUUGGCCCUCCCUCAAACUUGACCAUUUAUAUUGGUUCUAAUUUACAGAUACAGCACAACGUAAUCAACGCUGUUUUUUGUUAUGCCCUCUUAAUCUUCAUCUUAUAGGUGAAAGAUGCUCCUCAUUGCGUUGUUGACAAAAUAGUCACUAAGGACAGGUGGAUUAAGAGUGAGAAAGUUAAUGGGUGCUGGCAGCCUCUCUUACCCAUGGAACUUGCACAGUUUGAUUUAACUGUUGGAUCAAAACCAGAAGGAAAUUAUUGUACGCCGAGGUUUGUCAGACACAUAAGGUCAUGAUAGUUUUCUCUUGUGUUUAAGUGUUUAUGCAGAGGGGUGCUGGGCUGGCCAAGUACAUUUUCCUACUAUUACUUUCUCUUGAAAGACAACAAAAAACUGAUUUAAUGGAAUCAAGGGAAGAAGAGCUUGCAAUUAAUUUCACCCAUGUUUUCCACUAUCUUGCAAAAAUAAUGUGUCAUUAAGAUAGUGUUAUCAUUGCCUACCUGGAGAUGAUACUGAGUACUGUGGCAGUGCUUUGAGGGAGACUGUUGUGGACACCAUGAUAAAGUCAAAGGAAGAGUUAUCAUUUACAUCACAUAAAAACAUUAUCUUAUCAUGGCCUUUAGAAAUGGCAGCAUCCACACUGUCAGUUUUAUAGGUGUUGUUGUUAAUAUUUGUAUAAUCCCUGUUGACAACAGUGGACUAAAAAGCCAAAGAAAUAAAAAAGAACAUUUCCUAUUACUAGAAAACACAUUUAUAAAGGUGUGAGGAUGUUUAUCAUUUUUAUGUUUUUCAUUCUAACUCAUUUCUAGUCCUUUGAAGUUUUUAGACUUUCAUUUUCCAUGUGCAAAACACAAAAUAAAGUUACAGUAGCACCACUGUGGCAGCA